AUGCGAAGCAACACUUCGAGCGGGGGCUCGUUGAGACUGCCGACGCCGUCGUGGCAGACGCCGUCGACGGCCGCCAACUUCUUCGGCGGAGGCGGGAGAAGACCUCAACGGGCGGUGACAGAAGGCUGCACGUUGGGUCAGAUGCCCACCUGGAGACAUCGCUCCAUCAACUCUUCGCCGCUCUCCGCCUCGCUUACUUUCUUCGCCACCGCUGUCAAGAAGACGAGUGAGGCGUCGUUGGAAAACUAUCUUUGUCAUAAAAUUACGUAGGAGUCCUCACUCAAUGGGUAUUUUUAUAUAAUAAAUAUCGGCAACUGGUACGGAAAACCAUUUUUUUGGCAUCUAUCUAUUAUUUAAAAUUUUUCCUUUUUCUUCGUUUUUUUGCGCUUGUAGAUGAUCCGAAUAUUUCUAUCAAAUUAGAAGCAACCAUUGUGCUAUCUAUAAGGAGGAAAAAAUAAUAAAAUUUUCAUUACUAUUGGAAAAAAAAUCCAAAGCACUCAUUCCGAAAAAUUGCACUUUCUACAUAUGAUCAAUAACUAGUCUAAAAAAAGCAAAGCGUGAGAAAUUUCGAAAAAAAAAACGUACUUUUACAUAACCGGAACUUGAAGGGUGAUUCAUAUGUUUCUAAAUCCAGUCAGCUUUAAUUUAUUUUGUGAAAAAGAGCCGUUCUGGUGUGAAUUAAUUAGCGUUCGUUUGCUCCGGAUAGAAAAGCUGCAAAGCUUCGGGAUUUCUCGAAAUAACGUUUCAAAAGUUUCAUACGUUAAAUCGUUCUCAACUUCUCUCCGCGUAAAAUGAGUUUUUACAAAUUUUUGAGAAAAAGGCCGUCCACACAAAAAAUGCUUUAUCCUCAGCCAAUUUCUCGUCUGAACUGUUUUUUCAAGAUUCCAGAUUUUCAUGGUGCGUGUGUGAAACCAAAAUUCAAACAGAGGACGUCAUAAAUGUAUACGUUAUGUUAGAAAAGAACAAACAAUUUCUUUUUGGACAGGAAGUUGAUAAGAGUCAUUUUUAUUUUUAGUGAUAAUAAUUUCUGCUUUUUUGUAGGCAUGUGCAGCGAAUCUUCGAUGGAGAGCAAUUUCUCGUCGUCGACGACCAACCUGGUCAGGAUGCGUUCGUGCUUGGGUCACUCGGAUCCGCAGAUCUCGGCCAGCUCCACUUUUUCUUCGUCGCCCAACGCCUCCAAUCGCAGCACGGUAUUCUUUAGUUCGGUUCAAAGGAAAUAG